UCGGGAUACAGAGACGGCUUGAGCGCCAUAUUGGAGUGUAACUAACUAGCUAUUGUUAUAAAUAGGGUCGGGGCUGCUGCUGGCUGAGUUUACAUGUUUUCUAUAAGUUUGUUCUAAGGAAAAGAGAAAGUUAUUGGUGGGUCAUGAAAGAAAUGUCAGCGAACAGUAACAGUAUGCAUGGCGGGCAGCAGCCUCAGAAACACUAUGGUAUUACCUCGUCCAUUAGCAUGGCCUUCCCCAGGGAGGUGGACCAUCAGUACACACACAAGCUCAGCGAGGCCAUGAAACCCUUUGGGGUGUUUGAGGAUGAGGACGAACUCAACCACAGACUCGCAGUUCUUGGGAAAUUGAAUACAUUUGUCAAGGAAUGGAUUGCCGAGAUAAGUGAAACGAAGAACCUCCCACCAUCGGCGAUAACCAAUGUAGGGGGAAAGAUCUUCACCUUUGGGUCUUACCGGCUUGGAGUUCACACUAAAGGGGCGGAUAUUGAUGCCUUGUGUGUAUCGCCGCGACACGUGGAGAGGACAGACUUCUUCGACUCAUUCUUUGCAAAGCUCAAACUGCACGAAGAGAUCAAAGACCUACGGGCGGUGGAGGAUGCCUUUGUACCUGUGAUCAAAUUCAAGUUUGACGGCAUCGAGAUUGACCUGCUGUUUGCGCGGCUGGCUCUGCAGUCCAUCCCAGACAACCUGGAUCUGAGAGGAGACUCCCACCUGAGGAACCUGGACAUCCGCUGCAUCCGCAGCCUCAAUGGCUGCAGAGUGACAGAUGAGAUCCUGUACUUGGUACCAAACAAGGAGAACUUCAGACUAACCCUGAGGGCCAUCAAGCUGUGGGCCAAACGCCGUGGGAUCUACUCCAACAUGUUGGGCUUCCUGGGUGGAGUCUCCUGGGCCAUGCUGGUAGCCAGGACCUGCCAGCUCUACCCCAAUGCUGUGGCUGCCACUCUCGUACACAAGUUCUUCCUCGUCUUCUCCAAAUGGGAAUGGCCGAAUCCUGUGCUUUUGAAACAGCCUGAAGACAGCAAUCUGAAUCUACCUGUUUGGGAUCCACGAGUGAACCCGUCAGACAGGUACCACCUGAUGCCCAUCAUCACGCCAGCCUACCCCCAGCAGAACUCCACCUACAACGUCUCCACUUCCACACGCACCAUCAUGAGUGAGGAGUUCAAAUACGGUCUCAGUGUCACAGAUGACAUCCUUCAGGGGAAAACCGACUGGUCUAAACUGUUCCAGCCGCCCAACUUUUUCCUCAAGUACAAGCAUUAUAUUGUUCUGACUGCCAGUGCAUCCACAGAAGAAAACCAAUUAGAAUGGAUUGGUCUGGUGGAGUCUAAGAUCCGUGUCCUGGUGGGGAACCUGGAGAGGAACGAGUACAUCACCCUGGCACACGUCAACCCCACGUCCUUCCCCGGGAACAAGGAGAGCUGUAGCGAGAAUGAGUUUGUCUCCAUGUGGUUCAUUGGGAUCAUCUUCAAGAAAGUGGAGAAUGCGGAGAGCGUCAACAUCGACCUGACCUACGACAUCCAGUCCUUCACAGAUACAGUUUACAGGCAGGCCAACAACAUCAAUAUGCUGAAGGAUGGGAUGAAGAUUGAAGCGACGCACGUGAAGAAGAAGCAGCUCCACCAGUACCUUCCUGUUGAGCUGGUGCAGAGGAAGAAGAGGAGCAUAGUGGAGCUGAACCGUAACUCCAACGGCGGGAGUUCCAAGCGUUCCUCUCUUGAUGGCAGUCAGCUGGACAGUUCCAGAGACACAGACUCCGGGACUCCCUUCAGCUCGCCCAGCUCCGUCUGCAAGCCGUCCAGGCCAGCCGCCUCAGACACAGACGACAGUUGACACCCCCCCAAGCCGCCAGUCUCUCUGUUUGUGGAGAUCAGCUCCUCAGUGCCAGACGUCUCUCCACCCAGGACCGAUCAGGAGCAGGGUUUGUCCAUCCCCGUCAUUGGAUCAAAGUCCAAGCACUCUGCCCCCACGGGCCCAGUCGGUAGAACCAUUCCUACAGUAGUGGGUAGGAGCGUGGUCUCUCUCCCUGGCAGCACCAGCUCUACAGAGCAGAACCAGAACGGAGCCAACAGACUCCACUCCCCUACGCUGGAGGAUCAGUCCAAGAGACUGAAAGACGGGGCAGAGCCGCUGGCUGAUGUCUUGACCUUCAAGGAGCCGUACCCUCCGUCUGGUGACGGCAGGGAGCAAGGGGACGGAGUCAAAGUGGUGAGUUCUCCAGCAGGCAGCACCAUUCCUACAGUAGUAGGCAGGAGCGUUGUACCCUGCCUGGACUCCUCUAGAGAUACCACCAGCCCGACAGAGCAGAACCAGAACGGAGCCACCGCUGCAGCCAAGAGACCUCACUCCCCCACACAGGACGGAUCCCCCAAGAGGAUACGAGACACUGCAGAUCUGCUGGUGUCCGGUGAUGACUCUGCAUUCAAGGAGCCGUUCCCUCUAUCUAGCGACGGCCAGGAGCAAGGGGACGGAGUGAACGUCGAAAGUCUUGGUGGGGUAAAGGCUAUGCCUAUUCCAACUAUCGACACAUCAAGAACACAGAGACUUCCCAGUAUGGAGCUGCCAGAUGUGACCUCCCCCCUCCCCAGCAGUAACCACCAGCGGGUGGUUAAGAACUCCAUCAGACUAGCCCUCAACAGGCACAGGUAACCCCAGGUAACGCCCCCCCCUCCCAAACCCCCUCCUUCACGAGGCCAGGACCUACAACACUGACUAGCUCCAGACCUGAGAUCCAAAAUCAAGACUACUGUGGUAAAACCUAGUGAGGAAGCCCGAUUUUUAACUCUCCCACUCACCCCACCCUGUCACUGGACGAUGGGCAACGACAGUCCCUUGUUCCCCAAAAAAUGUCAUCUCUGUUUCUAUGGUCCUUCCCAGUUGAGCCUGAAGCAGAAAUGAAAAUGCUGAUUUAAGAUUGGGUUGGAGAAGAGUUGGAUUUAUUUAUUUUUGUAAAUUUCCCCCUCUUACUCUGUGUAGUUGUGUUUUAAAUGGCCUUAACGUGUCGAUGCUUGCUACUACACCGGUCUGUACCAUCCUAAUGUUUUGACAAAUGGAAGACUUCUACAGUAGGUGUAGUUUAUUGUACAUAGCUCGUCUUUAAAAAAAGAAAAAAAGUAUCACAGACCUUUAGUCUUUCCAUACAGCUGUUAUAGUUUUAUGAUCUAAAAUGAAAGAAAAAAAAAUGUUUAAAAAAUGUAUUGUCCCCCCCACUGUUUGUCAACCGCAUCACAACGUGACCUUGAUAGCCAAUCUCAGCCUUCCCACCCAGUAGACUCAGCAACCUGGGUUGUGUUCAUUUGGGCCCAACAUAUGAAAAAUGUUUUGCAACAGAAACCUAAAAUGAGCAUUCCUUUUGGACAAGUUCAGAUAGUACCUCCCUUUUUUCUUCCUGUAUGUCCCCCCCCUCUAGGUUAACAGGACCUCCUGUAUGUCCCCCCCCUCUAGGUUAACAGGACCUCCUGUAUGUCCCCCCCCCUCUAGGUUAACAGGACCUCCUGUAUGUCCCCCCCCCAGGUCGGUUAACAGGACCUCCUGCGUAUAUCCCUUCCUCUUGGUUAACAGGACCUCCUGUAUGUCCCCCCCCAGGUCGGUUAACAGGACCUCCUGCGUAUAUCCCUUCCUCUUGGUUAACAGGACCUCCUGUAUGUCCCCCCCCAGGUCGGUUAACAGGACCUCCUGCGUAUAUCCCUUCCUCUUGGUUAACAGGACCUCCUGCGUAUAUUCCCCCCCAGGUCGGUUAACUGGACCUCCUGCGUAUAUCCCUUCCUCUUGGUUAACUGGACCUCCUGCGUAUAUCCCUUCCUCUUGGUUAACAGGACCUCCUGCGUAUGUCCCUUCCUCUUGGUUAACAGGACCUCCUGCGUAUAUCCCUUCCUCUUGGUUAACAGGACCUCCUGCGUAUGUCCCUUCCUCUUGGUUAACAGGACCUCCUGCGUAUGUCCCUUCCUCUUGGUUAGCAGGACCUCCUGCGUAUGUCCCUUCCUCUUGGUUAACAGGACCUCCUGCGUAUGUCCCUUCCUCUUGGUUAACAGGACCUCCUGCGUAUGUCCCUUCCUCUUGGUUAACAGGACCUCCUGCGUAUGUCCCUUCCUCUUGGUUAACAGGACCUCCUGUGUAUGUCCUCUCUCAAGCUUUGGCACCCACUAGAAUAGAGAGAACCAACUCUCCUGGAGAUCUACUGGGUAUUGUAGGUUUUUCCUCCUGCCCUGCACUAGAUUCACACACCUGAUUCAGCCAACCAGGGUCCUGAGGGGCAGAUCAUUAGUAGAAUCGGGUGUUUUAUAGUAGGGUUGGAACACAACCCUGCGUGCGGUAGGCUCCCCAGGGAAUGUACUAAACAUGAGGGACUGAACGGUUGUGUUGCGUGCUAGCAGGGUCAUGGUUGUGAGGUGGUUCACCACUGGGUUUGUGUUGUGGAAAGGGUUUCAAGCUUUUGCUGGUGUGUGUAUGUGAGGAUGUUGGUGUACAUGAGUGUGUGUUGUAAUUCCCUCAGUGUGGGGUGUUGACCCUUUGCACCUCCCGUGGAGGUUGUUAAACAUGGCUUCUCCUGGGGUCAUCCUGGGCUGAGUCCCAAAUAGCACCCAAUUCUGUAUGUAGUGUACUUUUUCGACCAGAGCCCUAUACGGCCCUGGUCAAUAGAAGUGCCCUAUGUAGGGAACAGGGUGCAAUUUCAGAUGCAGUCUGGUCGAGGAGUUGACCUCUCAAAUCAAAUUUCAGGACUCAUACUCACAACAUUUCUGAGUACGAGUGCUGAUCUAGGAUCAGGUCCCCCUUGUCUAUAUAAUUGUUUGUUUUUAAGCAGUCAGGCAUGUGGGGAUGUGGUAUAUGGCCAAUAUUCCACGGCUAAGGGCUGUUCUUAUGCACGACGCAACACGGAGUGCCUGGAUACAGCCCUUAGCCGCGGUAUAUUGACCAUAUACCACAAACCCCCAAGGUGCUUUAUUGCUAUUAUAACCUGAUUAUCAACGUAAUUGGAGCAGUAAAAAAAUAAAUGUUUUGUCAUAUCCGUGGUUAUAUACCACGGCUGUCAGCCAAUCAUCACGGUCUUGUAUACCACGGCUGUCAACCAAUCAGCAUUCAGGGCUUGAACCACACAGUUUAUAAUAUGAUUUAAACGGCAAAACCGACUGUAGAUCAGCAGUGGUGCUCUGAGACCCUUUGAGUACAAGCCCUGCUCUCGUUAAACAGUGAUCUCUCUCCAUUCUACAUUGGUUAGGUGUACAGAAAGCAUCCAUGAAUGCAUCCCAAAUGGCACCCUAUUCCCUACAUGGGGCUCUGGUUAAGAGUAGUGCACUAAAUAGGGAAUAGGGUGUUAUUUGGGAUGCACACUAGGUGUAUUCUCUUCAUUCAUAUUUUUGUUGUCUUAUUGCUUUGUGUGUAUUUGUACCAUUUUUAUAUCAUCUGUUCUAGCAGCUUAAGGCUCUCAAUGACUUUUACACCACUCUGUUUUCAACAACUUUCUCUGAUUUUUGAGAAAUAAUUAACAGGUCAUUUAUCAGUUGUUUUUGUAGGGCAACAAGUUGUAUUUGAAAAGGUAUUUUUGUAUGUACUGUGUAUCACCUUUAAACCAGACCAUUAAAUCCAUAAAACCCCUA